GAAAUGCCCAUCCAUUUAUUUUAUACAGUAGAAGCUCGCUUUCGGUGCGGACCAGUGGGUUGUGAUAUUGUUUAAAUACAAUACACGCAACUACGCAACAGUAAGAUACAUCACACAACCCAACUAGCCAGUAGCAAGAUACAUCGGCUUAAACCCGAGUUACAUACACGACAAACAGCAGUCACAGCUAUAGAAGUUAUUGGGGAGACUAGGAUACGUAUGCAUCAUGGCUCGAACAAAGAAGAAAGCCGCAAGAGCAAAGCCCACCAUCAAACCAGACGAAGUUGUCGCCGAUAUUAGCACUCAGGAAGCGGAAGACAACAAUAAAACUGUACCACAAGACACUGAUAGUACUGAGGGUGAAGAGACGGGCGACGCUGUGAAUAUGGAUAAAGCGACAGCUACACAACCCAUUGCCACUACGAAUGAGGCAGAAAAGGGCGCUUAUGGUGCUGAUAAAAUUGACGCAGGUGUUGUAGUAAGCACGGAUAAGGAGUCGGAUACACCACCUAAAGAAACCAAGAUAGCAGUAGAUAAGAACGUAGAGAAAAAUGUGAGCAAUGAACCCAAGGUCAGUGUUCCGGUAGGUGACAAUGAUAAAGCCAAAGCCAAAGCCCCAACUGUCGUAUCGCGAGAAGAUCGCUUGAAUAAGCUACACCAACUGCGCAUGCGCAAGAAUGAAGCAUCCAAACUCAACAAGAAGGAGGUGGUUGAGGAGGAUCGUAUAUCUAAGCUGCCCAAGAACUGGGAGCUCAAGAAACGACGCGUGGAGUGGGAUAUGGAGACCGACAAGGCGAAGAAGGUU